CCGGAACAAAUACACGAGCAAAAGCCCUAAUGAAGAGAAAGCGGUGUAUAUAUAAAUAAACCAAUCGCGUGACCUUGAUAACAUUGGCCGAUCGACAACCUACAGCGCUCGCUCUCUGGAAACCCUUAUUCCGGCCGAAGGUGACGGCAAGCAGCCCAGACAAUGGCGACACCCAGAACUGUGAAAGACGUUUCUCCUCACGAAUUCGUGAAGGCUUACUCUGCUCACCUUAAGCGUUCUGGAAAGAUGGAACUUCCAGAGUGGACCGAUAUUGUGAAAACUGGUAAAUUGAAAGAACUUCCUCCUAAUGAUCCUGAUUGGUACUACAUCCGAGCCGCAUCCAUGGCCAGAAAGAUUUACUUGCGAGGGGGUCUUGGAGUUGGUGCCUUCCAGAGAAUUUAUGGAGGAAACAAAAGAAAUGGAAGUCGCCCACGCCAUUUCUGCAAGAGCAGUGGUGCUAUUGCUCGUCACAUUCUGCAACAGUUGCAGGCAAUGAAGAUUGUUGAUGUUGAGCCAAGAGGUGGAAGGAAGAUCACAUCCAAAGGGCAGCAAGAUCUUGAUCAGGUCGCUGGAAGGAUUGCUGUUUCACCAGUUUAAUGAUUUCUCUGUUAAUUAUCUUUUAUGUCAUGCCUUAAAAUUUUGAGACAUUUUCUUUGAAUACUUGUAGCACUUUUGAUCUUCCCAUGGGGGUUUGUCUUGAAGCUUGAAAUAUUAAUCUUACAGACAUCCAACAUUCUAUAUCUAUCAUUCUGAUUUUCUGGAAUCAUCUUUCCCCCCUUUUAAUCAUCUGCAAAUUGCGUUAUGAACAUCAUGCAUUCCGGGCAACAUAAUGUUUUUGCUGAAAAUUGGCCGUUAAAAUUAUGAAGUCACCAAUCAAGAAAGUUAUAAUUUUUGCUGCUUCUAUCGAUCUAUCAUCUUCUGGAGCGUACUGUUUUUCCAUUGGAUAGUUUCAUAGAAAUACUGUAUAAUGGUACGCCAAUCUAAUUAUGUUAUUGAUGAAGAGCUGCUAAAUCCAGAAAUUUUGUAUUUGGAAUCG